AUGUCCAAUCCCACUGCCCCACCUCCCUAUGAGGACCGAAAUCCUCUGUACCCUGGUCCUCCACCUCCUGGGGGCUACGGGCAGCCAUCUGUCCUGCCAGGUGGAUACCCUGCCUACCCUGCCUACCCUCAACCAGGUUACGGUCACCCUGCUGGCUAUCCACAGCCGAUGCCUCCCAUCCAUCCAAUGCCCAUGAGCUACGGCCAUGACUCUGCAGAGGAGAGCCCCGUAAGUGACAGCUUUAGUUCUGGAGAAUGGGAUGACCGGAAAGUCCGACAUACCUUCAUCCGAAAGGUCUAUUCCAUCAUUUCCGUCCAGCUGCUGAUCACCGUGGCCAUCAUUGCUAUCUUUAUCUUUGUGGAACCACUCAGUGACUUCGUGAGGAAAAAUGUGGCUGUGUACUACGUGUCCUAUGCUGUCUUCAUCAUCACCUACUUGAUCCUUGCCUGCUGCCAGGGACCCAGACGCCGGUUCCCAUGGAAUAUCAUCCUGUUGAUUAUCUAUACUCUGGCCUUGGGCUUUAUGACGGGCACCAUUUCCAGCACGUACCAAACCAAAGCUGUCAUCAUAGCAAUGAUCAUCACUGCUGUGGUAUCCAUUUGUGUCACCAUCUUCAGCUUUCAGACUAAGGUGGACUUCACCUCGUGUACAGGCCUCUUCUGUGUCAUGGGAAUUGUGUUGAUGGUGACUGGGAUUGUUACUGGCAUUGUGCUGUCAUUCAAAUAUAUUUACUGGCUCCACAUGGUCUAUGCUGCUCUGGGGGCCAUCUGCUUCACCCUGUUCCUGGCUUACGAUACACAGCUGAUCCUGGGGAACAGGAAACACACCAUCAGCCCAGAGGACUACAUCUUAGGUGCCCUGCAGAUCUACACUGAUAUAGUCUACAUCUUCACCUAUGUACUACAGCUCAUGGGGAAUCGAGACUGAGCGUUAUCCCCUUCACUGGCCUGGGACUCAUCCUUUCCUAUUGGGCUGGGCCCUAGGUCCUUUCCCCCUCAAACUGCCCAGUUUCCUCUCUGUCCUGGGGAUGGGAGGGCCUCUGGCUGCAUUAUAUGAGAACCAAGGGUGCUGAAGUUACUGAAAACUCUUGCCCUUGGUGGGCUUGGUAAGGACUAGAGACUGAAGUAUCUUUUCCCCUUUAUCCACAGUGAGCAUGCACAAAACUUCUAGAGUGUGGUGGGGGAGGAGUGGGGAGCCUGUGAACACAGGCGCUUCAAGGUGAAGAGGCUCCCGUCCCGCCUUGGCCAUAGGGUUCUAGGCUAGGGAGCUGGAGCUGUUCCCCUCCUGGAUCCAAUAAAGCCAGAUGUCUUGCCCUCCUCUCCAGUACUCACAGGCCACUUACCCUGUCAGAACUCUUUAGGCUUGGCAUCUCUUAGCUCUGAAAGCUACAUCUGUGCCCUACUGUCUCCCUGUUCCAACCCCCUCCUCCAGUAACAUGUAUAGAUUAUUUAUCUGGGUUAGGGGAAAGACAGUGAGCAAAGUUCAUUCAGUAUGGUGGGUUAAGAAUGGUAUCCACCUGGCUGGCACCCAUCCUGUCUACCAUCCUGGCCCAAAGUGCUCAGGGCCAUCUGAGACUUCUAAAAAGGGCCCUCCUACUUUCUCUGCUUAGAAACUUAGGAGAAGGUGAGAGGUGGAGGUCAGCAAGUAAGGUGGUUUGUAGGAUCCUGAGUGUGGCUGGGAAAGGAGUCUGGGGAAGAGAUGGGUGGGGACAGGGAAAGUGCCUUGGGUUCCCUCUCUGGUCUAAGAAACACUGAAGCCCACUCUGGUACCUAGUGAUCUUCCCUUCUAACACAAGUUCGGUCUGCUGGGAGGUUUUAGACGAGAACUCCUCUCCAAGCUAGCUACUGCUUUCUGUAUAAUCCAAGUACCUCCAGCUGGUACCAGGGUGGAGACAGAAGCCAGUUUUAUCAGGUGGGGUGGGACACCUUAUUAGCCCAAGGACAUGAUUAGACCUAUUCUGUCCAGUCCUUGCUUCUGAAUAUAUCACAAAGGGACACAACCAGAAACGUAAUAAAAUUUUAUGUUGGCAUUGAGA